UGGAGGGACGGGUCCGAUGCGGCAGAAUCGGCCAGGCCCGGACUCGCUCUCCUGAGGGAGCGGGAGAGGCGGGAGCGCCCGCGGGCCCGGUCUCCGGAGCCGGCCCCGCGGGGCGGGCCGACGCGCCAUGGCGGAGCUCGGGGACGAACCAGAGGUCGCGGCGGGGAGCCGGCUCGUGUGGGGGAGGCGGAGGGCGGUGAGCCACCUGAACGACGUGGCAGCCAUUCCCUACUUCCCGAGACCCCUCCCCAUUCGGCCGCCCUCCCGCCCUCUCGCGGCUGGCUGCGGCGAGGCUGUUCUUCCCGGGCCGGACAGAGAGCGGCAGUGUCUCCCCGCCCGGCACUCGCCGCGCGUUCCCCCCCCCCGCCCCCCGCCCCAGCGGCCGCCGCUGCUCGCCAGCCCAGCGCCGCGCCGGAGAGCGCAGUGGCGGCGGCGGGAAAGGGCUGCGGACCCGCGGCGCCGCGUCGCGCACUCGACGACGCGGCCCCGGCCUCGACGCCCUCCACCCGCUCUCGGAGCAGUUGAAAAUGCAAUGGAUUGUCUAUUAGAAUUAUCUGCCACUGAUGCCAAGGUAGAAGAAUCGUCUUCAAAAAGCUUUGUUGCUUCGGAGAACCAAGUAAAUGCUGUGGGACAUGAAAUAAUGGAAAAGUAUCCUCCUGAAGAAGAGAAUGAAGAUUCAAAAAUGGAUUCAUUUUUGGACAUGCAGCUAACUGAAGACUUGGAUUCUUUAAUACAGAAUGCUUUUGAGAAAUUGAACUCUUCUCCUGAUGACCAAGUAUACACAUUUUUGCCUUUGGAGGGUGUUAAUAGUUUUAGUGACCCGAGUGCAUUUAUAAAUUCUGAUUCAAGUAAUAUGACUCCCAUUCUUUGUACACAAAAUAUGGAAUUGGACAGUGAAAAUUUAGAGAAUUCUGCCUCUGCAUUAAGUUCAAACACCUUAAUUUCACCUUCUGCUUCUAAUGAGUCCAAAAGUUUUAUAAAGGAUGACACAUUGGCAUUGGAAGAUUCUCUUCUCAGUAGUUCUUUAAAUGUGGCAAAUGACACUAUGGUGGGUGGUAGCAAUCUCAGUCAAAGACAGAAAGAGCUUUUAGAAUCUGAGUGUGUUGAGACUCCGUUCUCUCCAGCCCCUGUAGAUUUGGAUGCCAGUGAACCUCAGGCUCCGUUAAGCCUUACUGUGCAAAAUCUGGGGCUUGAUUUACUAGGUACAAGUGGGGAUCAGAAAUCUACUUCUGUCCCUGAUGCGUUUGUACCUUCUGAAGAAUUCAGUUUCAAUCCACACAAACAUACUGAACUGCCGUCAAAGGGGAAGGAUGUGAAUUACUGCCCUGUACUUACCCCUCUCCCUCUACUGCUGCCUCCUCCUCCUCCACCAAUGUGGAAUCCAAUGAUUCCUGCUUUUGAUCUCUUUCAAGGAAAUCAUGGCUUUGUAGCUCCUGUUGUAACCACCACUACACACUGGAGACCGAUCAACUACACAUUUCCCCCUCCAGUUAUUUCUCACACUUCCCCAACAAAGGUAUGGAGAAAUAAAGAGGGAACAAGUGCUUAUCAAGUACAAGAAACCCCAGUUUCUCAGGUUGUAAGAAAGAAGACAUCAUCUUAUGUUGGACUAGUUCUUGUUCUUCUCAGAGGGCUUCCAGGAUCAGGAAAAUCUUUUUUGGCAAGGACUUUGCAAGAGGAUAAUCCAAGUGGAGUUAUUCUUAGUACUGAUGAUUAUUUUUACAUAAAUGGACAGUACCAGUUUGAUGUAAAGUACUUAGGAGAAGCACAUGAAUGGAACCAGAAUCGUGCGAAAGAAGCGUUUGAGAAGAAGGUGUCUCCUAUAAUAAUAGACAAUACAAACCUACAGGCAUGGGAAAUGAAGCCAUAUGUUUCUUUGUCUCAAAAACAUAAAUACAAAGUCCUUUUCCGGGAACCGGACACAUGGUGGAAGUUCAAACCAAAGGAACUUGCAAGGCGUAAUAUUCAUGGGGUAAGCAAAGAAAAAAUAGCAAGAAUGUUGGAACAUUAUCAGCGUUUUGUUUCAGUGCCAAUAAUCAUGAGUUCUUCAGUUCCAGAGAAAAGUGAACGUAUUGAGUUGUUUGUCUAUUCUUGUGAGGACAUCAGUACUAGCCCAAGAGACAAUGAAAAAGAAGAAAAUGUUUUAUCCUCAUCUUUGAAGCAUCUAGAGUUAACUGAAGAGAAGAAACUUGAAGUAACCAAAGAAACUAUAUUACCUGAGAAUGUUACAUAUCUCUCUAAUGCAGAUUUAAACAAAGGAAGAAAAGAAAUAAGUGGUAUGAAUCCUGACAUUCAGAGUGCUUUCAUUCAGGAAGUUUCAGACAUGUAUUUUUCUGAUUCUGAAAGCAAAGUACAGGCAAAAGAAAAAGGUAAAAAAGAAGAGCAGGUAGAACUGGCUUCUGAAAAAGAGUAUAGUAAAACUGAUGCAGAUAGUGUUGUCGAGAGAUUGUCGCCGAGUAUUUGCUCUGGUGAAAAUAAUCAAGAAGACUAUGAUCUUUCAAAUACUAUACCAUUUCAUAAUGAAAAAUCCUCACUGGGUGAAACAUUGGAAGAAAGAGCCACAGUAAGGAAAAAAACCUUUGGAAAACAAAAAAGCAAGUCAGCUUUGGAAAAGUUCCCGACGAGACAUGAGCUAUCAAAUUUUGUUGGUGACUGGCCAGUUGAUAAGACUAUUAGUCAGAGGACAAAAAGGAACCGAAAAACUGAAAAAGCUUCAUCUGGUCAAAGUGACAAAAAAUAUAAUCGCCUUCAGUCACGCAAAGGAUUAGAUAAUACUCUAUCUGCGAAUAUAGAUCAUAUCCAGCAACGAGAAUCUCCGCAUGAAAGUACAGAGGAUGACAAGAAGUCACAGUAUGAUGAUGCUUCAGAAUCUUUCAAUAGCUGUCAGUAUGAUACAUAUAAAAAUACUGAAAAACAGUCAUUCAGCAUUGUGGGUGACUGGCCUUCGUCUGAUUCCUUAGCUCAGAGAGAGCACAGAUCAAGAAUGCCGAAGGAUGGUUUGAAGGAACCCAACCUAGAAUUUGGAACAAAAGACAGUAUGAAUGAAAUAUCCUUCUACACAGCACAUGAGACCUGUUGUUGGGGCACAAGCCCUGAAGAACUGAAAACCCUGGGUAGUUCCACUCUAGGAAAUUCUGAAACGCUACCCAAUGAAAUGACCUAUGAGAAUAAGACUUUUCCAAGUAAAAAGAUUCAUAGACAGCACACAUUGUCUCUUACUUUUACCAGUAGUGGGCCAACUAUUCCUGGAGUAGUAGGACCACAAACUUUAGCUGAAUUUCCAGAAGGAAAAUCUAAAAAAGUCCCUAGAAUAGAAGAAGGCAUGUAUACCCAGACUGAACCACAGGAUUUUGCUCUCUUAUGGAAAAUAGAAAAGAAUAAAAUUAGUGUUUCAGAUUCUGUGAGAGUAUUAACAGGACGAUUAGAUGGAUUUAAACCAAAAGCUUUCAAUAUUAACACAAAAUUAGAUGUUCAAGAAACAAUUCCAUAUAGGGUAAUGUAUGACAAAAGCACGUAUGUUGAAGAAAGUGAGCUUACCAGUACUGAUGAAUCUGAAAAUCUUAACAUUCUUUGUAAACUCUUUGGAUCCUUUUCAUUAGAAGCCCUAAAAGACUUAUAUGAGAGGUGUAACAAAGAUAUUAUUUGGGCCACAAGCCUUUUGUUGGAUUCUGAAACUAAAUUAUGUGAGGAUACUGAAUUUGAGAAUAUCCAAAAAUCAUAUGAUGAAGCACAAACUGGGCCAUUUUCUCUGGGAUUAAAUUUGAAGGAAAUAAUUAGCCAAAGAGGAACCUUGGAGGAUUCUAAUUCAUCUGUGCCAGAAUUUAGCCAUGGCACUGCUGUCAGUAACACUAAUGUACAGUCCACCUGUGAUUCAGAAGAUAGAAACCCAGAGCAGGCAGAAAUAAGAGCUAUCACUACUGAAAAACCUGGAUACCCAGAGCAGGCAGAAAUAAGAGCUAUCACUACUGAAAAACCUGGAUUAAUAACGGGUUUAUUUCCUAAUGCCACUCUAGAUCUAAAGAAUACUAAUGAAGUACUUCCCAGUAGCCAGGCAGAACUUCCAGAUCUGUAUAACAUUAAGCAGUCUUUUCCAGGUACUCUAAAAGCUACUGUCGCUAAAGAUGUGAAUGAAAUGGAGAAGAAUCUAGAAGUCACAGAGAUUGGAGACAGUAUACAUUCUUCUUUGAAUUUGUCUGAUAUUUUAAACUCUGUAUCAAGCACUUCAAAUCUUGAAUUAAGUGAAGAAGUUGAUUUAACUGACUCUCUUGAAAUAAAGAAAAAUGAAAAUCUUCCAAAGGAUUAUGUGAAAUUUCCAAACACUGAAGAAUUUAUGAAUGAAGAUGAACAGGAAAUGGAAAAAAUUCUAAUGGCUGAGGGCACUUUGUCAGCUGGAGUUAAUGAAGAAGAUAAAACUGAGACAUUGAAUCCCAUGCCAGUGAUGGCCAAAUCUCUGACCAUAGACUGUCUGGAAUUGGCAUUACCGCCUGAGCUGGCUUUUCAGCUCAAUGAAUUAUUUGGCCCUGUUGGUAUUGAUUCAGGGUCUCUAACAGUUGAGGAUUGUGUUGUUCAUAUAGAUCUGAAUCUGGCUAAAGUGAUUCAUGAGAAAUGGAAAGAAUCUGUAAUGGAGCGACAAAGACAAGAAGAGGUAUCCUGUGGCAAGUUUAUGCGAGAUCCUUCCCUGGUUGGGCACAUUGGUCUCGAGAAUCCUGAACAAAAAUCAUCUCAGAGAACAGGCAAAAAAUUACUGAAGUCUUUAGCAGCACCUGAAAUGCUACCCUUAUUGGAUCAUUGGAACACUCAAACUAAAAAAGUAUCACUCAGAGAAAUAAUGUCAGAAGAAAUUGCCUUACAGGAAAAACACGCUUUGAAAAGGGAGGCACUUAUGUUUGAAAAAGAUUGUGCCACUAAACUAAAGGAGAAGCAGCUCUUUAAGAUAUUUCCAGCCAUUAACCAAAAUUUUCUGGUGGACAUUUUCAAGGACCACAACUAUUCAUUAGAACACACAGUUCAGUUUCUAAACUGUGUUCUUGAAGGAGACCCUGUAAAAACAGUUGUAGCACAAGAGUUUGUUCACCAAAAUGAGAAUGUCACUUCUCAUACUACACAGAAGUCUAAGGAGAAAAAGGCAAAGAAAUCAAAAGAGCCUGAAGAUACACCAAGUGAACCAUCUUUCCAGGAUUUUGAGUACCCAGAGUAUAAUGACUACAGGGCAGAGGCUUUCCUGCACCAGCAGAAGAGGAUGGAAUGCUACAGCAAAGCAAAAGAAGCUUAUCGGAUGGGGAAAAAACACGUUGCCACGUUUUAUGCCCAACAGGGUAGUCUCCAUGAGCAGAAGAUGAAAGAAGCCAAUCACCUUGCUGCCGUGGAGAUUUUUGAGAAAGUCAAUGCCUCCCUGCUGCCACAGAAUGUUUUAGACCUCCAUGGGCUGCAUGUGGAUGAAGCUAUAGAACAUUUGAUGACAGUUUUACAGCAGAAAACUGAAGAAUUUAAGCAGAAUGGUGGUAAGUCCUCUCUCUCCGUGAUUACGGGGAGAGGAAACCACAGCCAGGGAGGAGUUGCUCGCAUCAAACCAGCCGUCAUGAAAUACCUCACAAGCCACAGCUUCAGGAAAUGACAAGAAAAGUCCAAGAAUAAAGAUCUGUUGAUGGAUAGAUUCCCUGAGGAUGUUUAUCAUUAGGUACCAACCUCCCCCUACUUCUAGUUUUAGUUAGUGUAGCAUAUUUUGUUUAUGCCAUGUAAUAAAAUUUUGUUUGGCCACAUUAUAGAAAAUGGUAGCAUUAAUUCUGAGCAUGAAAACAGAUGACAUUUUAGAGUUUCUGUUAAGAAAGGAAUAGUUAACAUUAUCAUGUUGGGAUUGAUGGUCUAUUGUAGAGACUAGUGUUUUUUAAAUUUUACACCGAGGGACUUGGAAGCAUUUCAUGGCCUGAUGAAUCAGACUUAAUGAUUAUGUUAGAGAUUUCUUUUUAGUACUCACUUACUGCAUAGAAAUAAUGUAAUGCAGACAUCAUCUUAUCCCUCAUACAGCAUGCUUUUCUUCAUGAAGGUCAAAUUCAGGCUUGAGAGUUUUGAAAAAUCUUAAAUAACUACUAAGGAGUAACCCCUAGCCUUAGAGUUAUUUAUUUUUACAGUGGAUUAAAAGGUGCAUAAGCAUAGAUAUUGGUCCUGGAUGAUUGACUUAAUAAAGGAGAAUACUUUGAUAGUAAAUAUUAUAUUUAGCAUAGAGACUUGGAAUUGAUUACAUGCAUGAUAUAGUCCUUAACCAGUUUGAAAUUUUUACCUAAAAUAACUCUUUUCUCAUUUCUGUAGGUUCUCUGAAAUUAAACCAGGGUGCUUGAAAGUCAUGCUAAAGUAAAAUAAACAUCCUUGACUUAGAAGUGUGAAGAUUUGUAGGUUAAAAUUACUUUUAUUUGCGGUAAAUUUAGUCAGUUUUACUGUAAAUGUGUUUAUUAGAAAUGUCCACUUAUAAUAAAAACAUGAUGAUGUUUUUCAGAAUUCAAGAGAAGUUUAAUUUUCUACUGAAUCAAAUGCCAAAUAUGUUGUCUGUUAAAAAUAUUAAAGAGAAUUUUUAUUGAUUAUAAAAUGUCUAAGAAAAGUGUCCGCUGCAGUUUUAAAGUUUGAAGUGCUCUGAUUCUUUCUCAGAAAAUGUUACCUUUGUAUUAAUUGUUGUUUAACAUUUAGUAAAAUCCUAAAGGCAUCAUUGAAAGAUAUUUUAAAGUGCUUUGAGACCUGGUUCAUGCCCAUCAAAGCCUCGUAUUAAAAGAAGGAGAAGAAGAAGAAGUAGUAGUAGUAGUAGUAGUAAUGAAAGAAAGGAAAUCUAACAAAAACACUAGAAUACUUUUUGAUUUCAAAACUAAAUACAAAAAAAAAUGUUUCAUUUUGCCAUAUCCUACAGGAAGGAAGACAUGCCGUUUGCACUUUCUUCUGUUUUGUAUAUGAUAUUGAUCUCUUACCUUUUGUUCUGUGUGUGUGCAUUUUCUAGGAGGAAAGUUGGAGCCUGAGAUUAUAUUACAGUUUUAUUACCUUCCGUAGGCAGAAAAGUUUUUAGAGAAGAAAUGGUUAGAUAAUCUACAAAGUAUUGGUGUCUUAUAGAACUGCUUCUAGAGCUGUCUGUGUAAAUGGUAUUUAAGAUGGUACUAAAGAGCUAUAUUUUAUAUUUGAAGCAUAUGAUUUCUAAACUGCAGUAGGUCGAAGUCCUCUAUUAGUUUAAAGCAAAUAGAAAACAUUUUUGAUACAAUCCUAAAAGGAAUCUUUACAAUUUAAAAGUUUUUUACCUUUGUUUUUAAAAUGAGCCAACUUUCUGAAGAGAAACUUUCAUUGACUUCUUUUUUUGUGUGUGAGCUAAAAAGUCCUGUUAGUACGUCAAUUAUAAUUUCAUUUACACAAGUUUAAUGUGGUAAAGUAUAAUUUCCCAACAUGAAACGAUGGCUUAAAUAAAUUUGACUUUGGAUAUGGAGAAUAUUUCCAACAUACAUAAUUUAACAAAACGGUUGUGUUGCUUUUUGAUAAGCUUAAAAAUAAUCUGGAUCAAGAAUUACAGGGUUGAGCUGUUACUGAAAGAAUCCCGAAUUACAGAAUGAUUUCCCAAAAGAACAGACAUUUUAAUGAAAAUAAAACUCAAAAACACGUUUUUAUAUAUCAUGAAAGCAUGCUUUUAAAGAGCUGUAUCAUUAAAUUUAUUUCCACAAAAAUAAAAAUGUUUAUUAUUUAGAAAUGGUUAGUGAGUGGUAUUGAAAUACUCUUAUGUUUGAUAAUAAUUUGUUAAAAAAAGAAAAAAUGCCAACAGUUUAGCAUGUUUUUUGUAAUGUCUAGAAGAGUUGUAUACAUUAAAAAUAAAGCAAUUCAUUUCGUGAACUUAUUAUAAAACUACAGUUGUUAAUGAAAUAAAAUAUUUCUAUGUAUAAAUUAAUAUGAUUUAAGAAAUGUGAAUAACAAUGCUAAAACCUGGAGUUAGAGUGUGUCCAGCUGCAUACUCGCUUUCCGUGUUUUUAUGUUUCCUCACCCUGUUUAAAAAAGCAUCGCUUUUGUGCACUUCAGCUAGAUUUAUUUCAGUGUUAUUAUAACUAUGAUUAACAUGGGAGCAAUCAAAAAGAAAAAGGGGUGAGGUAUUUUGUGGGCAGAAACCGAAUGAAAGAAGCUAUGUUUUCUGCUGUACCAACCUUAAUUUUAGGCUUUAUUUUGGUAAAUCUAGGAUGUUUUUCUUAAUCAUCAUUUAUAAGUAUAUAGGCAAAUUUUGAGCAUCUUGUGUUUUUAUGAAGUUGUUUAAUUUUAAACUGCCUCCCACCCCACCGUCUAACAUAGUUUAAACAACACAUAAUUAUGAAAGAAAAUCUUAUAGUUGCUCCUUUCUUGUUUUGCCCAUUUCUAAAUCCUGUAUGCCAAAGGUUCGGGGAUUAUCAAAUUCUUUUCUUGCUCCUUUCCAAAUCAUCUGUGCCAAAAGUAAAGACAGUGUGGGGAUUAUCGAAGUUUUCAGGUACUGGUAUAUUUGUGCUAAUACAUGACUCAUUAGAAUGGCUCUUUGCAAGUGCAUUGAUCUUCUAAAAGUAUAACACUUCUGUAGUUUCGAAGGUUUUAGUAACAAUUAGAUCUUUUCAGUAGUCUCUCACCUGUAUCUACCAGGAGAAAAAAAGAGAACUAAUGUGGAACCCACAGGGGAAGUGGGUUGGAACUGAGGCGACUCUUUUAACAGUAUUUUCAAUUCAUCCACUUCCUUACUUCAACACUGAGAGUUGGAAGCAUGUUGUCUUAGAUUUAUUGGCUGUUCAUAUAUCUCUAUAUUAUUUUCAAGUUUCAUCAAUUUAUUUGUGUUUCCAUAUACUAUUUGGAAUUCUAUGGCCUUUAAAUAUAGGACAUAUUAUACAGUAGAAAUUCUGACUUAUAAUUUAAAGUGUCAUGUAUAUUAUAACACAUUUUGAGAAGAAAAGUGAACAGUUCUCUUGGAUUGUUUCCAGUCCUUAUUUUGGUCUUUCUCCUUCAAGUGUUUUGUUUGCUUAGAAAAAAAGUACAUAUAUAAUAGCAAGAUUGGUUAUUUCUGAGCUGGAAAUUGGAAGCUUUGAGACUCAGGAAAUUGCUCUGACAAUGUUUUAACUGCUCUCAAUUUAAGAAAAUGACAAAAUGUAU